CUUACGUGGCUAUGACUUCUUAUUCUAUAAUUCAACGUAUUUUUACUUCUUGAAUAUGAUCUUUUUGGCCACCUUUUGGAACGAAAUUAAAGUGGCCUCUAGCUAGCUAGAAAGAAAGAGAGUAGCAAGACGUAGGAAAAGAAUGAAGAUCAUCCCGACCAAACUCUUAGUUUCGACCCUCUACAUCCUACUCAGUUUCCUCGUUGUCAACGCUGUAUCACUUUCCACCAACAAACAAAAACCUUUGCCUCAGCCUUUGGUGUUUGCUGACCAAAGGCUCGCAAUAGUUUACCCUGUUAUCCAAAAUUUCAAGUCCAUAAUUACUUCUGAUCCUCUGGGCAUCACCAAAUCAUGGGUAGGCUCAGAUGUAUGCAAGUAUAGAGGAUUCUACUGUGACCAUCCGCCUGAUAAUCAGUCAGCUAUCGCUCUUGCUUCUAUCGACUUCAACGGAUUUCAGCUUGGUGCUCCAACUCUUGACGGCUUCCUUGAUCAGCUCCCUGACAUUGCUCUGUUCCAUGCAAACUCCAACAACUUUACUGGUACAAUUUCAUCGAGCAUCGCUAAGCUUCCCUAUCUCUACGAACUCGAUAUUAGUAACAACAAGUUUUAUGGUCCAUUUCCAAGUGCUGUUCUGGGCAUGAAUGGCCUAACUUUCUUGGAUAUUCGUUUCAAUUUCUUCAGCGGGUCAGUCCCUCCACAGAUAUUCACGCAGAAUCUCGAUUACCUCUUCAUCAACAACAACGAUUUCAGGCAGAAGCUUCCUGAUAAUCUUGGCAGCUCUCACAUUCUCUGUCUCACCUUGGCGAACAAUAAGUUCAUUGGCCCAAUUCCACGGAGCAUUGCCAAAGUUUUGUCCUCUGUGACUGAAGUUUUGCUCCUCAAUAACGAGUUGACUGGUUGUUUACCUUACGAGAUAGGACUUCUAAAAGAGGCUGUAGUGUUCGAUGUUGGUAACAACAGGUUAACUGGUCCAUUACCAUUCUCCCUGGUUUGUCUAGAUAAGGUGGAACAGCUUAAUUUUGCUGGUAACUCGUUUUACGGUAUGGUACCAGAAGUGGUCUGCGAGCUGGAGUAUUUGGUAAAUUUUUCAUUGUCCAAUAAUUAUUUAACGAAUGUCGGUCCGAUCUGCAGAAGUUUGAUUGAGAGAGGAGUUCUUGAUGUUAGGAACAAUUGCAUUCCUUAUCUUCCAAACCAGAGAUCAAUAGCGGAAUGUGUGGCUUUCUUUGCACAACCCAGGUUCUGCCCUCAUAUGUGGUCUUAUACUUACAUUCCCUGUAUGUUUCCUGGCUUUUCUUCUUCUGCUUCUUUCAUUCCUCAAGUGGCUCCUACACCUUGACUGUUCUUCUUCUCAUAGGCAAAGGGACAAAGGGAUUUAGUUUCAGUGCUUUUUUAACUUGAUUGUUCAAAUGUCAAUUUCAUUGAAAUUGUACGCAUAAUACGGCAACUCUUUUUUUUUGUUUUGUUUUGUUUUUUUCCCCUCUCUUUCUUCUGUAAUAUCUUAUCCUUGAAAUUAAUGCUACUAAAAAUCAGCAGUUGCAUCCAUAAGCAUUUAACACGGCCAAUAAAAUUCCUAGUGAAACGUAUCGAUUUUUGGGAAAUUAAUAAUUUUUGGAUUGGGAAAAUCGAAAGGAAAAAUGAAAAGAAGAAAAAAAAAAGCUAUAGAGAUGGGAACAGAGUGCUUG